AUGCUCCUGCCUACAUUCCGCGCGGCACAUCCUCGGCGCCUGUCGUUGCAGCCGAUGAUGCAGCUGAGGAGACAGAGCACGGUCAGUUUGCUCGAUACACACCCUGUAGUGCGCACAUUCCACCCAAAGCGCCUCCAACCAUCGGAUUACCUCGACCUAUCCCUCCAAUCCCGCUACUCGCUCCUCGUCGCCAACCCCUCCGACGCCUCAUCAACGCCCCGCCGCGUGCAAAUGCACUACCAGACUGCGCCCUCGACGCCCUUCCCGCCCGACACCCGCGGCUUCUUCUACUACUCCGCCGACGGCAUGCUCCGCUUCCGCCUCGCCGAAUCUUCCUCACCCGCGGACUUUGCAAAGGGCCGCGACCUUGAACUGCCGAACGGCAUCCCGUGGCGUCUGGACGCCCGCCGCAUCAAUACCUUCGCCAAAUGGGCACCCAUCCGCGACCUCAUCACGGCCUCUUCACCUUCAACGACCUCCUCGAGCGUCACACUCGGUUCUGCACGUGAAGUGCACGACGGUAUGAACCCCGCACCCGCCCGCGCGAAUAUCGUAACUGGCUUUGGCGAGCCGUUCUUGGUAAACUUCGGUAUCGCCAACGCGUCGAUGUACGUCCGGAGACCGGACGGCGCGCUUCACGCGUUCAAGUUCCGCAACCCGCUCGCCAAGUGGGAGGAGAACGCGUUCGGGUCGUGGAUGCCCGUCAAGCCGUGGUACUACGGGAGCGCCCUCUGCGCCUUCGAACCAUCGCCUUUCCCCGAAGACGCCGGCUCACCAACAAUCGUCCUCCGCAUCCUCCGCAUCCUCCCUAACAAACUCCUCUCUCCUGGCCAACGUCGCUCACUACACGGCCGCCUCUCGCCUUUGCCGUUUGGCGCGGGCGACCUCAUCGCGAAGAAGUAUAAGGGCCAGGACUCGGCGUGGAGGUUCAAGACGGGUCCUGGGGGUGAUAUGGGUGGCGCUUUGCAUCGACUCUGGGAGCUGCCUAGGGCGGUCAGUCCGGUGUUGGUCAUGUCUGAGCAGGGCAAGACGGAGGGGAGCCGGGCUUGA